CACACACACACACACACACACAAAUGGAAGAAAUUAAAUAGCCCCACAGACAGUAAGCUGUGAGGCAACAAACCGCCGCUGCACUUUCCUGAAGGAUGGAAACGGCUUUCUGGGCAUCGCUGUCGCAGUUACUCGAAGGAUACGCCGCGUUUGAAGACGUUUUCUUCAGAGGAUAACCUGGAUAACCUUACACGAAAUGUCAUAGCGCCUUAGCAGCUAGCACUUAGCUAGCUCGGUAACGGCUGGACGAGAUGGAGAUGGACCUAUUUUUCCUCAGCAGCCGACCAUGAACAGCUGGCUGGUUGGUAAAAAGGAGCACUUUUCCGGAGAUGCUUUAACCUCCUGGGCGGUGUAAUACACUUACAUAACCGCUCUGUAGUUAUCACCAGCUGGCUUGUGUUGGCGAACAAAUGGGAAAUUUCCCCUAAAAGAAUCUCACAUCAUCACCACAAGUGAAAGAGGUAUUGCGUGCAUAUUUUUUUUGACUCUGGAUAAGUUUACACGAGGAUCCGGGGAUAUAAUAUAUCACUGCAACAAGCCAGCACAUCACAGCGACAGGAGGGCCAGGACCACUUCUUCUUCCCUGCUGUCAUUUCGACAUCAUGAGGAAGUUCUUUGAUUCCCGUCGGGAGUUGGUGAGCUCCGGGCCUGGUUCUGGAGGAGGAGGAGGGGGCAGCAGCUCUGGGUCCAGUCACGCCGGAGGAAAUUUCAUUGGCAGAGCCUUCACUGUCGGGCGGCACCAAGUCACAGUGGAGGAGAUCAUUGCUGAAGGUGGCUUUGCUAUUGUGUUCCUGGUGAAAACAAACCAAGGGGUGCGUUGUGCCCUGAAGAGGAUGUACGUCAACAAUGAGCAUGAUCUGCAGGUGUGCAAGCAGGAAAUUCAGAUUAUGAAAGACUUUGUUGGCCACAAGAAUAUUGUUGGUUAUCUGGACUCCAGUAUCACGGCUAUGGGAUCCCGAGAUGUAUGGGAGGUUCUCAUACUGAUGGACUACUGCAAAGGAGGGCAGGUGGUUAAUCUGAUGAAUCAGAGACUUCAAACUGGCUUCACAGAGUCCGAGGUGCUUCAGAUCUUCUGUGACACCUGCGAUGCCGUAUCUCGCCUGCAUCAGCGCAAGGCGCCUAUCGUCCACAGAGACCUCAAGGUGGAGAACAUCCUCUUGCAUGACAAAGGUCAUUACGUGCUGUGUGACUUUGGCAGCGCCACAAACAAGUUCCAAAACCCACAGACCGAAGGAGUAGCAGCAGUGGAGGAAGAAAUCAAAAAGUACACCACUUUAUCAUAUCGUGCUCCAGAAAUGGUGAACCUCUACAACAAUAAGAUUAUAACUACAAAGGCUGAUGUCUGGGCGCUGGGCUGUCUGCUGUACAAGUUGUGCUUCUUCACUCUCCCCUUUGGUGAAAGCCAGGUGGCCAUCUGUGAUGGCAGUUUCACUAUUCCAGAUAAUUCCCGUUACUCUUACGAUCUCCACUGCCUCAUUCGCUACAUGCUGGAACCAGAUCCUGAUAAAAGACCGGAUAUCUAUCAGGUGUCCUACUUUGCUUUUAAACUAGCUCAGCGAACUUGCCCUGUUCAGAACGUGAAGAAUUCUCCGAUUCCUUCCACACUUCCUGAGCCAAUCAAAGCAAGUGAGGCUGCUGCAGCAAAGAAGAGCCAGACUAAGCCCAGACUCACAGAUCCAAUUCCCACCACUGAAACCUCCAUUACCCCUCGUCAGAGGCCCAAAGCCGUGCACACCCAGCCCGCUGCUGGCAUCCUACCCAUCCAGCCGGCUGCCCUCACCCCUCGCAAGCGAGCUAAUCUCUCUGGUGCCGCAGCUCAGACUGUGGGAGUCAGUUUAGACCUCUCCCAGCCAGCUGCAGCUCUCCAGUCACAGAAGGCACAGACGUCAGCUCAGCCGUUCAUUCAAACACAAACCAACGCAAAUCAGGCUGCUGCUCCACAGAAGCAGACUGUGCAGCCGACUGCAGCUGCUGGAGCAGAGACGGCAGCCUCUGCAGCAUCACAAGUGGCGAAAGCUGAUGCUGCACCACAAGCACAGCCAACAUCCCAGCAACAGGCCACGCCUUCUUCUUCUGUGGUUAGCGCCGCUCCUCCACAGGCAGCGCAGACUCCAUCUAGCCCUGCCGCACCUCUGCGUCCAGCACGUCGCAAACAACCGGGUCAGACUCAGCCGCCGGACGCUCAACCCUCUCCGAGCAAGGCGUCUCCGGCACAACCAGAAGCAGCUACGCAGCAGGAGACACCAGCUCCAAGUCAGCCUGCUUCCGCUGAGACCAGCCAAAAAUCAGCUCAGAUCACUCCACCUGAGACUCCAAAGACAUCUGAGGACCGAGGUCACCAACGUGUGCCGAGUGAUGCAGCAUCAAAUGGUGCUGCAGCUCCUGUCAGUGACUCCACACAGCUGCUGCAGGGGGAUAAUGAAAACAUUGCUCUCAGCCAAUCACAUGUAUCUCUACCAAACACCACUGUUCAGCCGAGACUUUGCGAUGCAGCUCAGGACCAAAACAAAGCUGCAGCCACUGUCCCUUCCUCUGGUUCCUCCAACACCCCCACACAGCCUGCAUGGAACCCGUUUGAUGACGACAACUUCUCCAGCUUCACAGCUGACGAAUUCAAAGCUGAUGACAAAAAGUCCUCAGCAGACAUGGUGUCAGAUUCUGAGGUAACACCUUCUGAAGAGCUGAUUCCAGGUCUGCAGGCCUCAUCUGUGGAAAACAUUUCUCAAGAAACUGCUGAAAGGCCAUCUGCUAUUCUGGACUCAGGAGCCUCUCUUUUGGUUGUUCCAGAUCCUUUCAAUACUCUUGAACUGUCAGAUGCUCCAGAGAAGCUGAUCGAAGGUCUCAAAUCUCCUGACACAUCUUCACUCAUGCUUCCUGUUCUGCUGUCCUUGUCUGAUCCUUUUGGAGGGUCUGUGGAGUCUGUGAAAGACCCUCUCACUGCAGAUGAUUCUCUCCUCGGGUCUCUCAUCUCCGGACCACCCGCUGCACCGGGCAGCGCCGCCUCCUCUGCCUCCUCCGCUCCCACCUCCGCCACCUCUACUCUGGAUGAUUUCAGCCUGCUGUCUGGAGACUCAGUACAGCCGAAAGGGGACUCGUCUCUCUUGAUCUCGGACUUUGAGGCCCAGUCGGCCAGUGCGGAGGCUGCAAAAGAGGACGACUUUGAUCCUAUUCCCGUCACAGGGCGAAAGAAUUCCCAAGUUUCAGGAGGCCACUCGCGCAGUAACAGUGGUGGUUCUGAAUCCAGCCUGCCCAGCUUGGCCCGCUCCCUGAUGCUGGUGGACCAGCUCAUCGACUUGUAGAUGGCCCCCCCUUCCUCCUUCAUAGAAGCUGUAUCUCUGGAUAAUAGUCCGGCAUAGCAUAACAACAAUCAGCCGUGUAGACGUAGAUAGCUCCCUGCACCCCUCCCUGACUUCCUCCCUUCAUUUUAGAAACAUCCCUCACCUGUCAGCAUUUCUUCAUUCCUACUUUUCUUUCAUCGAUAGCAGCAUCCGCCAUCUCUUCGUCUCUCAUCUUCACACUAACAUUUCAGCUUUGUUCUAGUCGCCAGGCAUUAUGUAUGAUCCACCGAGAACGAGCAGCCAGUUCACCGUCCAUUUUAAACACUAGUCAUGAUACUUUUUUUUUUUUUUGUCAAUCAGGAUAAAAGUUAUCAGUUUAUUUGAAGAAUACCGCAUUUUGUCUAAUAGCAAACAAAAAAAGAUAAUUGUCGUAAUGUGAAAUAGCCAUAGUUUUAAGUGGUUGUAGUUCUUGUGCACAAGUGAAUUUGUCGUGGUUUGCCUUCCUAGAUUUUCCUCCCUGAGUUUAUUUGCACAGAAAAAAAAACACAUGAAAAAUUUUGCUGAACGUUCAUUCAGAUGAGGUUUAUUUGAAUUAACAAAGCCAAACAUCUCUGAAUCUGAUGUCAUAUAGCCUGAUUUGCACACAGAUGCAUAAAUGUUAGACUUGUUUGAGCUGAGGGAUGGAAGAUCUGUACGACUUUAAAGCUGCAUGAAAAACAGAAACAUGAAUCAUUACUCACGACGUUAAAGUGCCAUAGAGUAACCCGAAAAGUGACAAGAACAACAAAGCAAAGACAAAGCACGACACACUCCAUAAUUAUUGACUCCCUUAGUAAUGAUUUUGAUUUAAAAAGUUCUCAAAUAAAUAUGUUUCUUCCUUCCUGCCUGUGAAGUGGAAAGUUUAGCUUGAGUACCUGGCUUAUUUGCCACACACCCAGUCGUAUUAAACGUUUAAUUGUUGCUCUGACUGCAAUUAGCAUGUUCUGCUUACUGGGAUCAAACAUUUAAAAAAUCUACGAUGAAUAUCUUGGCCAUACUGUUUGGAGUUUAUUAAGACAGCAAUUUUCUGAUUUGAACAUUAGAAGAUCAAGAUGCAUUUUGUCCCAUUUGAAUAGCUUGUUUUCUUGUCUUUCCCAUUAUUAAAAGUAGUAACAUUUUUGCCUCUUGCCACUCUAUCAUCAUUUCACCUGAGUAAAACGAAAACAUGUAUUACCAAUCAAAAUCUCAGAGGUACGAUGACAAUAUUAAAGUAUAAACUACAAAUAUUGGUUGAGAUGCCAUUUUUUGUCAUUAAAUAUACUUUACUCUCUUGGGAUAUUUCGCUCACUAAAAAACUCAAAUUUAAAGUUGGACUUUUCAAAAAUUUUUCUGUUGGGAUCAUGCUACUGCAGUAAAAUAUUUAGGGCUGAAACGAUUCCUCAAGUGAUUGGAGUGCCUCGAUGAAAAUCUGUCUCGAAGCUUCGUUAAUUUAUGUUUUAUUAUUCAGUGCACCAUAUUCCGGUGAGGUUAUUACUUGCGUUGCGAAGCACUCUCAUUUCUGCCUGAGUUGUUGACGAAGCUAAAUAUAAGCAGCAUAACGUCCAGUUUUCAAGUUCAGCCUGGAAAGAUUUUCAUGAUAACAUAUGAGUCUUUGUCGUUUUUCAGGGACAAAUAAGCAUCCUUAAAAUGACUGGCGCGAUGCCUGGAGUAGGGCAGCUUUUCUCCUCCCGGAGCUGCUGCCUAGUGGCCAGUUCAGAGCGAACAGCGGGGAAGACCGCUUACCUGUAUUUAUGCAGGUGAGCGGAUAGACUGAACACUGUUGGCGGCUGAGCUUUAGAUGAUUAACCUAAGUGCAGCUUUACGGACGAAUCAAAAAAUUUAUUUACAUAUCAUCUCGGUCUCAACAAAUGUGUGGCGGAGCGCAUAGCGGCGGCAUGUAGCUGGUAGAUGUUUCUGUGUGUGACAAACGGAGUCAAAUAAUGUCGCUAACAAGAAAACAAAAGCUAUAAAUGUCUGGGCAAGGUGAGAGUUAAUUUAUUAAAACAACUGAAGAUGUACACAGAAACGAAAAGCUGGAGUACAGACAUUUUUCAUAAGUGUAUUUGCCUCUUUAUUAUUUCACUGAAUAUAAUUUUUGUAUAAAUUUUCUUCAGGUCAACUUAGAAAGUGAGCUGUUAUUGUUAUGAGUUAAUUUUCGAAACUACAGAAAAGUUAUUGUUUUACAAGCUCAAAUGUAAAAAACUGGAGUGAUGUUAAUAUCUGAUAGUAAUACUGCUGUUAUGUUAGAUUUACCAAUGUUUUAUUUUAUCUUUAUUUUAAUCCGAUUACUCGAUUAAUCGUAAGAGUAAUUGGCAGAUUACGCGAUUACUAAAAUAUUCGUUUACAACAGCCCUAAACAUAUAAAUUAAUUUUCAUCUUUACCAGACAUGCCAACAUUUGUACACGGUGCUGUACAUCAGGCCACUCAGUAUGAAUAAUAUUUGCUCUUGUCUUUUCCACUUUGCUUUUUUUAAGAUGAAGAUUUUAAGUUGUUUUCCUGAAGGAAGGUCAUGUUGGAACUAACUCAGAAGUCAGUGUGUCUAUAGCAGCGUGCCAUCUCUAUAGAAAUGCAUGAAAUCUUGAUAAUAAUGUGAUAAACUAACAAUAAUAGGACCUAGCAGAUAAAAAGUAGCAAAUAUAAAUAUACACACUUUCCAAUCAUUUCAUGGCACUGACAGAAAUCUCAUUAGACGAAUAUUUUUCACACACUCGCUCUUUUGUUUUCGCACAUUUAGUCCACAUUGUCCAAUCCCUCCUACAUUCCUCACAUUUGUUUACUCCUUAUUUAUGUAAAUAGAUUUCUGCAGACUCUUAUCCAGACCGUAUAUAUGAAGUCAUUGUCAUAAAGCUUUACAUGUGGAAGACAUAUUGCUUUAUGUGUGAAUCUGAUGUACAUGUCAUAUAUAUACAGAUAUAUAUAUGACAUUGUUUUCUUGUUAAUACAUGUUAAUAUGAAUAGAGUGUUAGAGAUUGAAUGUAAGAAAUAAAUAUUAGUCUAUAUUAAAAAUCUAUAUAUGAUUCUUAACAUCAUAAUUGUUCGAUAAUGUUAAAGAGUAUCUGAAAAUGUCAUUCCUCUGUGCAGACAUGUGAUCUUUUUAUUUUUCUUCUUGGUUAUAAAUGCUCUGAAACAGUUAAAAUGUAUAGAUGCUAACCAUGGUCUCCGUCCAGCCUGGAAGAUUUGGCCCGAACCCGUGUCUUAUCCCACUCAAGUUAAAAAAAAAAGUGAAUCUGUUGUGUCUGUUCUCAUGGACAGGUGGACGAUUAUAUUUUUUAUUCAAAGCAGAAAGUGUACAGAGGGGGAGUUUAAUUGUGAGAAUUUUUGGCCCCAUUUCAUUAGAUUUUUUUUUUUUGUGCUUUUUCUUGGCUCAUUUUAGUGAUCACAGGAUUCAUAUCAAAAAGCAUGGCAGUGUUGUUGAAUGUUACAAUCCCAUGCGCUGGUAUACAGUGUUCUGAUAAGUGUGCGUGUGUGGACUCUGAAGUGUUUUUUUCCAGUAGUCUUCUUGUGUUGUUGUUUGUUUGCUGCAGAAAUGGCAUUUGGUCAGUUUGUCCUUAAAUCUCCUCUGAAAGCACAGACCCCUUCCCUCCUCCUAAAUUCUCUCAGGUGGUCAGAGCUGCAUCUCCUGCAGCUCGCUGACCUACUGCUCUCCCGUUCUCCGGAAGUAUGUGUUUAUUUUUACAGUUUACAGAAACAACGCUCGUCUUGUAUUUUAUGUCUUCGGGGCUCUGUGGAGUGUGGCAGUCUGAAGGUCCAGCUCUCUGGCUGAAGUCUGAUUAUCACGCAGCAUUAUGAACAUUACUGAAGGUCAGAACUGUAUAGAUGUUUCUGUAGGAUAAAAUAAAUGGUCUCAUGCUUGUGAUACAUGAUUACAAUGAAAAUGGCUACUUUCACUUGUUUAUUAUUUUAUUUUAAAAACAGAAUUAAAAAAGCACAAGUUUUAUUUUUGGAGAAAGAGAUUUAGAAUUAUCCAUAUUUUAUGUAAAUAAAGUGCCCAAGUUUAACAAGUUAGUUGGCCAUAUUUCAACAAUCCACGUGCAAUAUUAUUUUAAAUAUAGCUAGCAUUUAAAGGGGAGCUAUUAUGCAAAACUCACAUGUUCCAAGUUUCCGUUUUUUUUUUUUUUUUUUUUUUUAAUGGCUACAACUGCUUCUAAAAACCAAGAGCUCAAGAAAACCGGCUAAUGUUCUUUGGUGUCUGGAAAAUGAGCCUCCUGAUUUUUACAUUCGAGUCACAUUCAACAAACGCUGUGCUGUUGCCCAGUGAAGCCCAGCAUGUCACAUAGCGACCCGACUGGAGCUCCAGCACAUUUGAUGAGCUGGUUUUACCGCUGAACGCGCCGUGCAAUGGCUGCUGAAAAAGACACGUUUUUUGUUGUCAACCAAAUCACUUGAUGCGUUCUUGUUGGUUGUGCAGGAGGCUCUACUUCUGCUUUUCAAAGCUGUAUGGUUGUAUAAUUGCGCAUCUGUUUGUAGGCAUUUUCACAAGAGUUAGAGGGCAUGACCAGCAGCAGCAUAUACAUGAAUUUAAUGUGACAAGAGGCCCUAAAACAGCUCGUUCUGAAAGGAGUUCAAAAUAGAAAGAACCUGACACCAUACUAAAAUCUCAUAAUUUAAGAAUCACUUUGUAUGAAAAAAUUUAACAAACAUAUUUUGUGCAACCCAUAGGCCUAUCCCAACCUGCUCAAGGAAGCAUAAUAGAUCUCCUUUAAGUGACAAGCGUAGGAAUAUCAAGCCCAGAAUCUAAAGUUUGUGCCAAAAGGAUACAGUAUGGAGUGAGCUACUGAGUUGUUAAUAACAUUUCCCUUAUGGUGCAGAAGAUUUGAGUAAAAAACAAUCACAAGAAGCCAUCUUAAAAGCCUUGUUAUAUUUAGCGGUGUUGCAGCAUGUGCAGUUUUGAGGCUUAAUAUACCCAAUGAUCCCGUUUCUGAACUUCCUGCUGAACGUCAGUCAUCUGCAGUUACUGUCUGAACCUAUGCAAGUCCCCAAGCUUUUUCCCUGUAAGCGUUAGUGUGCUGUUGUAUUUACUAAAGCCAAGCAAGGCAAGUAGCUGGUGAGAAACAGAAGCCCCAGAUUUGUUUUUUUUCUGUCAUUUUCCCCAAAAUGAAAACAGUCAGCUAUGUGACAUUAUCAAGUGUUUUUGAGAUGCCUCCUUGUCACUAUGACCCAACCCUGCGUCAGAGCUGUGAUACUGUGUGCUCCUAUUUUUGUGAGAUAAUUUAAGAAUUAUAAAGGGAUGGCUAAUAAAGUACAAAUGUGAAUGUUGA